AUGGGUCUCAUUAAUGGUAGUAAACUAGCCCCAUCAGAAACGGUAACCAACGGUGAUCCACCCACCACUACUGCCAACCCUGCGUAUUUUGCUUGGUUUAGGAAAGACCAGAUGUUUUUUUCCUGGCUUCUGCCCUCUCCCUCAGAUGAGAUUUUUCCUUAUCUCAUUGGGCUCCCAUAUUCCUUCUCUGUCUUGAGUGCAUUAGAAAAUGCAUUUGGCUCUGUAUCUCAAAAUAGACAACUUCAACUGCAUAUCAAACUUCAAGAUCUGAAACACAAUGACUUAUCUAUCUCUCAGCUUCUCUACAAGGCCAAGGCUCUGGCUGAUGAACUUGCCUUUGUUGGUCGCCAACCUUUCCCUGCGGAGUUCAAUGCAAUUAUCUAUUGCAAUAUUGGACACAAAUUUCAUGGAAUCAUUAUUGCACUCAAUAUAAAGCCUGAACCGGUUCCAUUUCAUGAGCUCCAUGGUCAGCUCCUUGCCCAUGAAAUUUUGAUAAAAAGCAUCCAGGACUCACCUAUCGCCAACAUUGUUCAGAAGGCUCCCUCUUCCACUACUAAUAUCAAACAGCCUCAGCCAUCCUCCAAUUACAACAAGUUCUCUCAAUCUAAAUGCAAAAGUCCACGUCAGAUAUGCGGUUACAAAAAUCAUACGGCUGAUCGUUGUCGCAAAAGGUACACUCCACGAUAA